AACUACAACAUAGAGUUGUCUGAACACUGACUGCAGGUUUUAAACUACAACAUAGAGUUGUCUGAACCCUGACUGCAGGUUUUAAACCUCAACAUAGAGUUGUCUGAACACUGACUGCAGGUUUUAAACCUCAACAUAGAGUUGUCUGAACACUGACUGCAGGUUUUAAAGAGUGAAAUCCUGCUCCCUCCCCAUCCCUUUCCCUUCAUCAUCCCCCUCUCUCCUGUUGUUCCUCUCUUCCCUUCUCUCCGUCUGCCAUCUUCCUUUUCUCUCCCACAUUCUACUCAUGUUGUCUCAACGGACCCUUCUCUCUUGGCUGCUGACACCUGUUGACCUAGUCUGAGAGCACCACAGACAUACAGCAAACAAACCUCUCCAUACCUUCCUUCCAGUCUUUCCUAUUCUAUCUAUCUAUAGUCCACCCUGGCACCCGGCACUAUUCCGUCUAAGGGGGAGGAGGACUUUCUGACCCUGGCCGCUUCUCGGUUCAGCCGUCGGAAGCGUGCCAUCGGAGCCGCCAUGGGCGUGGCCAUGGUUCUACUCCUCCUGAUAGCCAUCCCCCUAUUGGUUCACACCAUGAAAGGGGGAGGAGCUAGCCAAGGAAGUGGCGGUGAGGGGACCCAUUAUGAGAUGCUGGGGAGCUGCAGAAUGGUCUGCGACACAUAUAGUACUGCCCAACCAGGCCAGGAGCUGACAGCCAUGUCCCCUCAACCGGAAUACCCCGGGCGGAAGAAAACGGGGUACCGCGGGGUCCCUGGGAUCCCUGGUCCUCCAGGCGCCCGAGGACCCCCUGGGGAAUCAGGCAAGCCAGGGCCACAGGGGCCUCCCGGCCCUGGACCUAACGGUUACUUCCCCUCCUACAGCCCCAAAAUCGCCUUUUAUGCAGGGCUAAGGAAACAGCACGAGGGCAGCGAAGUGUUGAAGUUUGAUGAUGUGGUAACCAAUGUAGGGAACUACUAUGAGCCAAGUACUGGGAAGUUCACCUGUCCUCUACCUGGUAUCUACUUCUUCACCUACCAUGUUCUGAUGAGGGGCGGAGAUGGGACCAGCAUGUGGGCUGACCUGAAGAAGAACGGACAGGUGAGGGCCAGUGCCAUCGCCCAGGAUGCGGACCAGAACUAUGACUAUGCGUCUAACAGUGUGAUCCUGCAUCUAGACGUGGGGGACGAGGUGUGUGUACAGCUGGACGGGGGGAAGGUCCAUGGAGGAAACACCAACAAAUACAGCACAUUCUCUGGGUUCCUCAUCUACCCUGACUGACUGACUGAAUUGACCAACUUGACCGACUGGACUGACUGACCUUCACAACUUUAAAAAGACAAGAGAGGCUGUGGGCGGACUGCAGGAGCUGAAGGCAACACAGACAGAUGCAGACAAACACACACACACACACACACAUAAACACAAACACACAUAUAC